CUAGUACACAGCGCAGGCAGCAGUUAAACCUAUUUGAAACUCACGCUAUCAAAGACUGGCCAUUGCCUAAACCUUCCAAGGGCACGGUGCCAUAAUUGCAAAGAAGAACUUGAAUAGUUGAUUCUCUUUCUCUUCUCUUGUGAGCCGUAUCGGUUGAAUGUGUGUUACGCUGUGAAUAUUUUUGGACAAUUGUCGGUGUUUUACACCACAUUUUCGGUGUUUUAUACCACUUUCUUUAUUAUUAUCUUUAAUUUAAACAAAUUUACAACUCUGUGGCUUGGCGUCAGGAACCCAAUCCACGGUUUUAAGUCUGUUAUCAAAAAGACAUAGAAUGGCGUAUGGACUAGCUUUAUAGGUCCACUGAGCCAAAAGAGCACUAACUAACUAACUAACUUGAAUAGUUGAGCCACAACUGCACCAAACCACCAAACCAACUUGAAUAGUCUUACAAAACUGAUUAGUCAAUUUACCGAUUAGUGUACAUUUUAUGUAUAAUUACUUUUGCCAUAAUUAUAUAUAAUUUUUUUUUUCAAUCGUACUAAUUGCCACGAUAUAUUGAAUGUAGUAACAGGCUGCAGAAUUUGUUACUACAAUUUUUACGAAAUUUCUACUAAUAAUAAAUAAUACAGAUUAAUGUAAAACAUGUCAACAUCGGAGUCAGCUGUAACUUUUGCAAAGCUCGAAGCUUUAAAAGAUAUCAGGUCAAAAACUCUUCAGUUGGAAAAAUUGAAACAAAGGAUACUACAAGAAGUAGAACAAACAGAACAGGAAGAAAAGUGUUUAUUAGAAUACAAACAGGAGAUGGAUUUGCUGAUGCAAGAGAAAAUGGCACAUGUAGAAGAACUACGUCAGAUACAUGCAGACAUAAAUGCAAUGGAAUCUGUAAUCAAGCAGGCAGAAGAAGCACGUAACAGAGCAAGAGAAACUGCAAAAUUGAUACAUAAUAAUGAUUAUCAACCAUUAAAGAAUGACAUUGAUCAAUUGCGCAGAGAAUUUUUGGGUUUGGAAAGGUUGCCAGAAUUGUAUGAAACUGAAUCCGAUCUUAUUUCUCCUGAAUGCUUUGUUCUUAGCUACUUUGAACGCCCAAUGCAGAAGGCGGAGUGGAGGGUUGAAGUACCAAGUGAUGAUUUAUUACCACCACUUGGACUGCAUCAUCCUGGACAUCCAGGUGGUUCAGCACCUUUUCUAACUCCGCAACCGUUACAAGGACCAAGUAAACCAGAACCUAGACCACUACCACCCGCCUCAGGGCCUCCAGCUCCAACAUUCAGGUACCACUGGCAACAACCACCUCCUAUGAAAUCUUGUCUUUCAUGCCAUCAACAGAUUCAUAGAAAUGCACCAAUUUGUCCACUCUGUAAGGCAAAAUCGCGUUCGCGUAAUCCUAAGAAACCAAAGAAGAAAGAUUAAUUGUGAUUAGAAAUAUAUUUAUAUAUAAAUAAUCUGCAUUUCUAUACAAUUUAUUUUAAAAUACACAUAUAUAUUAAUCAUUUUUAUAACCUAUAGAUACUGUGCACUUUUAUUGUAUCAUUAGUAUUUGUGAGUGAUAUCACAUCACGCGUAAGAAUAUAUACAUAUAUAUGUUUAUACGUUAAGAUCUUUGAUGAUACAAUCUUUAGAUUUUAAGAUUUUAUUGUAUUUCGUAUAACAAGUAUAUGUAACAAAAAUGUAAAAAAUAAUAGUCAAAUAAUUUCUACUACUGCAACAAUUUCUACUACUAAACAAAUAAAACAUUUCACAAUGCGUUUUAUUAUUUUUUUACCAAUAUAUAAAAAAAAAUCUUGUACAUGAUAAUAUUAUAUGUGUCAAUGUGCAUUUACAAAGAAUGAAUCAAGAAUAAAUACGAUAUUUGCAAUCAAGUAUAAAAAUACAAAUUUAUUUAUUUUAACAAUUAAUAAAGAAUUCUUAGACUCUGAAAGUUUCUAAACAGAGAAAAUAUAAAUACGGUCAUAAGAGCUGUUUGCAGGAUGUGCGGAAAUAUGCGUGUAUAUAUCCAGCAAACAAUUUCUGUUUUUGACAAUUUCGGCGCAGACUUUGGCAAAAGAAACUGUUUGCAGAAAUGCUAAAAUACGGAAACACUGCCAAAACUGUUAGCACACAAAAAGAAAAAACGCAACAACUCUGUUGAAUAAAUACAUGAGAGUAUUGCGGCCAAAACGAUUCCAUAUGUUAGUAAAAUUGACAACAAAUAGAUGGUCGAUUGCAAGCAGAUCUGCUUUUAGCAAUACUAUGACCAAACAGUUCGCAAAACCGUACCAGAGAUCUGUUUACGACAAAAGUCGGGUCGAUCUGUUAAACGCAUUGACGACAGAUUGCCAUCAAACGCCAAGCAGAUCUGUUUGUGUAUACGUGCGGACUGUUUGCAAUUUGGCGCCAAUAGACAAUGACCAAACCUAUUCCGGAUUUUGGCUUCACUUUGGCGAUAAUUUGGCCUCGCUUUGCUUGUGGCAGACUCUGUCAUCAUUUUGGGCGCAUUUUGACAUUUCACAUGUUGACAGACACGUCCAGAUAACCAAAACUGAAUGAGCAUAGUUUGCAAAGUC